AUGACAGAAGUUUCAAUUGAACUAAAUUCAUCAUAUCUUAAUAUUGACGUUGAACAUCAACAAGCUGAUGAAAACACUACUGCAUCAACAACAUGGCGUCAAGAAUCACAUACAAUUGAUCCGUCUUCUAAAACAGUCUCAACACCAUCAGAUAAAUAUAUACAACCAAAGUCAUUAGCUUCGACAAUACCAACGCUGACAACAUCAACAAUCUAUGAUGUUGGUAAUGGUGGCACUAGUAAUGAUCCACCUUGUUCAUCAUAUACAGUUGUUAACGAUCCUUUGCGCAGUAUAGCUACAUCUGGAAUAGGUGGUUCAUGUGAUAAUGGUCCCUUAUUUAAUACAAGUAUUGGUGGCAGAUGGAUUCGAUUUAUCGGUACAGGAGGUACUACCAUACCUCUGACACCACCAGGAAUAUAUCAUUGUGGUGCUUUUCUAGCAGGAUGGUAUAAUGGAACAUCAUCAUCAAUAGAACGUCGAAAAUGGAAUUCAUCAAUUCUUAAUAGUCAACGUUAG